AUGACAAAAUGGGGUUUAUGGCAAAUGCUUAUGCUAAUUAUUAUGGUAAUAUUUCACCUUGAGUAUGGAUGCUCAGUUAAGAUAAAAAAUAAGCUCAUAGUAAGUAAUAGUAAAAGGGAGAAGGCAAAAAAAUUGUCCUAUUCAAGGUAUUUUAUAAAUAACUUUUUCCAUUUAAAAAAGAAGUGGAAAAAAAGUGGGAAUGAUUACUUUCGCAUAUUUAGGGGAAGCGGAACAACGUGCUCUUACGAAUGGGUUGAAUCAGAUGAUAAUAUAGAGGUGAAAAUAAGAUUAUCACCAGAUGCAAGUCCAGGUGAUAUUCAGUAUAGUUUAAAGAAUGAUUAUAUAUAUGCAAAAUUGAAAGAUAAACCACAAUGCUUAAUAGAAGGGAAAUUAAAAGGGUUUGUCGAUACAAAUCUAUCUACAUGGUUUUUAGAAAAACAUGAAGAUUAUUGUAUAUUAAGUAUAGUUUUAAAAAAGAAACAUAGAGGGAUGAGUGAAUGGGUAGGUGUAGUAGAAAAAGAAAAUAUUUUACAUAUAUCAUAUGAUAAUGCAUCAUCAACACAUGAUGACAAGAAUUCUAUAUCACAAAAAAGUGUAGAGGAAAAUGAACUAUUACAUACAGAAUAUUUCGAAAAUGCAAAAUAUGAUGAUGUAAACACCUUUUUGCUCAAUUGGGCGAAUAAAAAGUCAUAUAACCAAAAUGAAUUUGGUAUACCAGUAAUGAAAUUAAAAACAAUAGUUAUGAACAAUAACUAUGGGAUAGAAAUUCUCAUAUCAGGAUAUGAUUUAAAAUGGGAAGCUGAAGAUAGUCUAGUUCUAAAGUUAAGUUCAUUUCAAAAUGGAAUAGUGUUAAAUAUACAUAGAGGUAAAGUUGCUAGUGGUAUUAAAGGACUACAUGGAAAUAUGGUUAGUUAUCUUGUAAAAGAUUGCGAACAAAGAAUUAUAAAAAAGCUACAACAUGAUUUAAAAGGAAUUUUCUAUUUAAAUCCUACUUCUAAAAAUGUGGAAAAGAUGAUGCAUACGCACUCACCUCAAAGUAAUUAUAGUUACAUUACAGAAGAAGGUGGUACCCCAAAACAUAUCUCUAUACAUAAUGAUAAUGUAAAGAACUCAGGUGAGGAAGAGGAGCAAAAAAGAAAAAAUAAAACAGAAAAUAUAAAUAGUUCAGGAAAUUCAGAAGAAAAUUCAAAUAGUAGUGGAGAAACGUAUGAUAGCAGAAUAAAAGAAAUACAAAAAGAUUCCCCAGAAGAACAUUUAAUAGUUAAAGAAUUAAGAAUAAACUCAAAAGUAAAAUUAACAUGUGAUGAUAAAUCGAAAGAACCUGAAUUUAUGAAAGAUUGGUCAGAAGAAAAAAAAGUAGAAUUUAGAAGAAAUUCCGUUUUACAGUUAAAAGCAAAUUUAGAAUUAUCUCAAGAACAAAAACUAACUUUGAAGUUAGAAGAUUAUAUUAAUUUUAUGAAAACAUCCUUUGAUUUAACCGAAGAGGAAUCAAAGAUGGUAUGGAAAAAGGCGGCUAUCAAAUCAGAUGAACAGAAAAAUAGAGAAAAAUUUUAUAGAUUCACUGAAAUAGAAAACUUAACCGAUAAAAUAAGUUUGUAUAAUAUAGAUGAAUAUUCAAAUGCGUAUGUGCGGAAGGAACAGGGAGGUACUGGGCAUAUAUCUGAUAGUAACAUUUUGAAAAAUUCAGCAAAUAAAAAUGAUGAAAACAAUGUAGAUGUAACGGACAGUACGUCUAAUGAAGGACGGGAGGGAAAAGGCACCUUUAUAGAUUUAAGUCCCUGCUCGAGCGGCAUUAGUGAUAGCAGUGUUAGCAGCUAUGGCGGUAAUAUCAGUGAUAGCGGCACAGAUAACAACAUUAACAGGCGCUUUUUUAAUUGCUUGGAGAAGGAGUUGCUCGACCAUAGCGAUAAACCGAAAUUAACACUUUACGAAAUUUACAUGAAGAGCAGUGAAGAGGAGAAAAACCAAAUGAGAGGAAAAUGGAAAAUAAACGAAAUGAGGUUAAACACAUUAAUUGAAGAAUUACAAUAUUUAGAGGAUGAUAUGAUUCCAACUGUUUGUAAUAAUUAUCGGGAUGUUUUACUAAGUGAUGAAUAUAUAUGUUUAAUGAAAAUUAGACUACAAGAAAACCCACCAAAGAAUAGUGAAGAGAAAAGAAUUCUACAAAUAGUUAAUUCGUUUGUUAUGAGUUUAUAUGAUGAUAUAAAAAUUUUAAUGGAACAUGAAGAAAAAGAACAUUUGAAAAAGAUUCAACUUAUAUGUGAAAAGGCUGUACAUGAUGAGAAAGGGUUAAAUGAUUUUAUUGAAUCAAUGAAACCUUUAUUAGACUAUGCAUUUCUUGGAUAUAUUAAACACGCUAUACAAAUUGAAAAAAAAAAUAUAAAAGCUCAAAAUAGGGAUUUUAGGGAACAUCCUUCUGACUGGUUAAUAAUUUUGAUGAUUAUACAAAAAGGAAUAUAUUCUAUUUUAGAAAAAGAUAUAUGGCAGGAUGUUAUUAACAUUACUACAAUAAUUUGUCAUGAACAACCAAAUGUAAGAAAAACUAUUUUAACAACUAUGCUUGCAUCCAUGCCAAAAGCUGAUUGGAUAUUUUUUAAAGAUAUAAUUAAAACAUUGUUUAAAAGUGUUCAAGAAAAAAAAUUAACAGCUAACCAUUUUCCAAAUUUUCCCCAUAUCCCAGAAGCUAUUUUUCAAUUAAAUUUUGAUAUUGAAAGAAUUUUACCUGACUGGUUCAUACGAGAAAUGCUAGACGAAUAUGAUAAAUCCAUUGUUGAAUUGAUGAAAUCCAAAAAACCCUUAUUCUGGAAGAUGAAAGAAACAAAAUGGGAUAAAAAAUUUGUGCAAAAUUUUAAGGAACAGCAAGUGCAAAAGUACAGGGAGUAUGAAAGAAACAGUAGAAGUUGA